AGAUUAGUAUGUAUAUUUUCAUGUAGCAUUUUUUUGAACUACAUCUUUAGAUUCUUCCUUUCGUAAGAACUAAGAAACGUUAACUUGAUUAAUUGUUUUUCUGUAUGACCCUUCACUUUUCUUGCCUAAUCAAGGCUCUUUUCUUCACCGGUGCAGAGAUGUCUAACAUAUUUUUGUGUAUAUACUUUAAUAAUUUAAUUUGUGGACAACAAAGUCUUUUAUUAUUCGUCCCGAAAAAAGAGCCCACGUUAAGAGCAUGCUCUAACCACUUUCGAUAAAAUAUUUUUCUUAAUUUAUUGUUAUGCAUCUUGACCGAGUCACACUUUAGACUAUUGAAUCUCUCUCUAGUUUAUCGAGUCUUCUCCGACUGCUCCAACAUUUUCUUUGUAUAUGAUUUCUUUCAGUGUGGAAAAAAGUCACAAUUCCAAAAAGAUCAAAAAUAGCGUAUUGAAAUAAAGGCAUGGUGAAGAAUCGAAUGAUCUAUCUAUGCAAACUCAGUGUUGAUUUGUUCUACCAUUAGAAGAAACGAAAUCUUCAAUGUCUUCUCCAACUAACCCUUUGGCCACCAUGAACGAAGAGGAGGCACCAUCUGAGCAGAAGAAGACGUUAUCAUUGGUACCCUCACCGAUCACAAAUCUCUUUCUUCCUGAUGACAUACUUUUGAGCUCCUUAAGCCGCAUUUCAAGAUUGUAUUACCCAACUUUCUCCCUUGUCUCCAAGAGUUUCCGGUCUCUCGUUGCUUCACCAGAGCUUUAUCUGACUCGGUCCAUCCUCGGCCGCACCGAGAGUUGUCUUUAUGUGUCCUUACGGUUACUUAACGACUCUAACCUCCGAUGGUACACUCUCUGUCGUGUUCCGGAUCGAAAACUAACAAAUUUCUCAGGUGGUCAUUUAUUGGUCCCGAUCCUAUCUCGCCAUGCUCCUCCUGCUCAUUGGUCGAGUGUGGUCGCUGUUGAUUCUAAUAUCUACGCUAUUGGAGGGCCUAUCAAUGAUGCACCAUCCUCUAGCGUCUCGGUCUUGGAUUGUCAGUGUGACAUGUGGCACGAAGCUCCACCAAUGCGGGUGGCACGAAACUACCCCACUGCGACCGUUCUUAACGGGAAGAUUUAUGUAGCAGGAGGCUGCGAAGAAUGCAUUUCAUUGGAUUGUAUAGAAGUGUUUGAUCCUAAGACUCAGACUUGGGACUCUGUGGCAAGUCCUGGCACCGAGAGAUGCGAGAGACUUGUGUACAAGAGCGUUGGGAUCGAAGGAAAAUAUCACUUGUUUGGGGGUGCGGGUCAUGUGGCUUACGAUCCGAAAGAAGGUAGAUGGGACUCAGUUGGAAUGGAUAUGGAUAUGGGUCGGACAUGGGUUUCGUAUUGUGUGAUAAACAAUAUAUUGUUCUAUUAUAAUAAUAGAAAGUUUAAAUGGUAUGACUAUAAAGGAGGAUUUUGGAGAAAGUUGAUGGGGUUGGAACGGCUAAUCAAGUUUCUAUGCUAUAGCCGUGUUAACUUAGCGGCUUACGGUGAUAAGAUGGCGGUUUUAUGGGAAACUUCUGUGCCUUCUAGCUCCAAGAACAAGAUGAUUUGGUGUGCGGAGAUUACAAUUGAAAGGCACGACAUAUACGAGAUUUGCGGUAAGACCCAGUGGUUUGAUGUUGUGCUUAGAGUUCCCAAAUCACAUGAAUUGGUACAUGUUCUUGCUGCUACUGUUUGAUAAUUGAUGAUAAUUCGGAGAGUUCGUGUAAUAUUCGGCUACUUAAUUUGAUGGAUGAUUGUUUCAUGUUUUAA